AUGAUCAUACAACAAACAUCAUUUUAUAUUCCAUCAACUUUUUAUGGAAUAUUUUUUUGUUGUAUUCCAAUGUUUCCUUUUCCGGCUGUUAUUCCUUAUGGAGCAUUAAAAGGUAUGAUUGAAACUUGGUUACUGUUUGCUAUUUGGACAUCAUUAUUUGUAUUAUCUUUAACUUCAAUAAUUGGUCUUUCAAUGAUUCGAUUACAAGGUAUUUCAAGACCAGAAAGUCCAUUGAAGGUAAUUUUUAUUCAUUCACUAUAUAUAUAUAUUUUAAAUGAAUUCAGCUGAGAGCUGGAAUACAAGCGAUUAUUCUUGUGAUAUUUUUUAUCUUGGUUCUUUUAAGUUUCGAAAAUAUUUGCUUCAUGGCACGAUCUUCUCCGGAAGCUGUUGACACUUUUUUGUUCAAUGUGAGUUUUUAUUUUCAUUUUAUAGAAUUGAAACACGCUUUUGUUUUAGAAUUUCCCAAAAUAUGCUGUUGCCCUAGAAAAUCAUUAUCCAAUAAUUGUAAUCGAUGAUUCAGUAUUGUAUACUCUCGCAGAAACGAUAGUUAUUGUGACCCCGUUAAUUGUGAUGUUCUAUAUGUUUCUACGACUUGCACUUUAUUAUGAAAUAAAAAAGGAAAUCAAUAAAAUAAGUGCGGCAAGGAAAAAAUAUCACGAAAAGCUUGCGAAACAUUCUGCAAUUCAAAUUCUUGCAAAAUGUUUAUGUAUUACAACUUUUUUUGUUUGGAUGGUUGUAUCGUAUUUCUUGAGUCAUGAGAUGGAUACAAUCUGUGAGUUGCGUUAACGAUGCUUUUAAAUCCUUGAUUGUUUUUGUAUCAGGGAUCACAUGUUUACUUCACACAGUGUUUGUGGGUGCACCAAUACCGGGAACAAUUCUUAUGUUUGUACAAAAUGUAGCGUAUUCAAAUUACAUCAAACAAAAACUUUGGAACAAAUCGUCAUAUCGAAUCGAAUCAAAAAUCGUUCGAGUUCUGUCAGUAGAAUAA